AGAUUACUUUUUUUGGGCGAAGAGAUUGAUAGCGAAAUCUCAAAUAACAUUAUUGGCAUUAUGGUAUUUCUUGCUCUAGAAGAUCCCACCAAAGAUCAGUAUUUUUUUCUAAACUGUCCUGGCGGAGGGGUAAUACCCGGAAUUAGUAUUUAUGAUACUAUACAAUUUGUGACACCCGAUGUGCAUACAAUAGACAUAGGAUUGGCCGCUUCAAUGGGAUCUUUUCUCCUGGUCGGAGGAACAAUUACCAAACGUAUGGCAUACCCUCACGCUAGGGUAAUGAUCCAUCAACCGAGUACUUCUUUUAUUCCGGAUUCCCACCAAACAAAGGAAUUUUUUAUCGAAGUGAAUGAACUGGCAAAAUUUCGCGAGGCAAUCGUAGAAGUUUAUGUACAAAGAACGGGCAAACCCGCCUGGGUGAUAUCCCAGGAUCUGGAACGAGAUAUUUUUAUGUCAGCCACAGAAGCACAAGAUUAUGGAAUUAUUGAUCUUAUAGCAGUUUAAGCAAUUUAAUCUUUAAUAAAAAAUAACAGCACAAGGUCCAAAUUGAAGAUUUAGUUUUUUUAUUUAAUCCCCUUAUUCCUUCUUAAUAAGAGAGUAAGGGGAUUAAAUAAAAAAUAUUAGAAGAUAGAAAAAAAAGUGAUUCGGUUAGGAUUGAUCUAAACCGAACUCUUAUGUAUAUGAUUCAACAUGCCAACAAUUAAACAACUUAUUAGAAACGCAAGACAGCCAAUCAGAAAUGUCACGAAAUCCCCAGCUCUUAGGGGAUGUCCUCAGCGUCGAGGAACAUGUACGAGGGUGUAUGUGCGACUCGUUCAAAUCAUGGGCUGAGAAAAAAGUUUCUUUUUUCA